AUGGCCAACCUCACCAUUCGCAAUCUCACCAUCCACCCAAUUGAGCUCGUCAGCGUAGAGAGGUUCGAGUCCAGGAAGGAGGGCACAGGUGACGUUGUCAGCAACGCUGUCGGCCACAUCUCCGGCUUCUUCAACGCCACCAAGCAUCAGUCCAGCAGACUUGUCACGGGCGAUUCCCGGGAACAGCACGAUGUCAGCUUCCAUGCCGAGCCAUUCCGCACUCAGGAGACUGAUAUCCGCACCGCGGACGGUGAUCGCGAGAUCCUCCGCCUCAUCUUCAGGUGGCAGGACAAGCGCCAUGAGGUCGAUAUCCCCAGCCCCGACCAGCGCUCCAGCACAAUGAAGAGGAUCGACCCUGAGACGCACGAGGAGCUCACCGCGGUCUAUGUCCCCAACGGCGCCCUCGUCGCCGUCUACUCCUCCUCCAGCCUCAACUCCUGGAUGGACAAGCUCCACAACGACUGGCCCCUCGGCAGUCUCUCCAUCCCAGGCACGCACAACUCCCCAACCUGCCACAAGGCCCUGCCCUCUGUCCGCUGCCAGGCCGUCAGCGUCCGGGAGCAACUCGACAACGGUGUGCGCUUCCUCGACAUCCGCGUCUCCGCAGACCCCGAGGAUCCCAACCUCAGCCUCGUCCACAGCGCCUUCCCCGUCUCCCUGACGGGCACCAAGUACUUUGGCGACAUGCUCGACGACAUCUACGAAUUCCUCGAGCAGAACGGCUCCGAGACCGUCAUCAUGAGCGUCAAGCGCGAGGGCAACGGCAAGGCCAACGACGAGCAGAUGAGCAGGCACCUCAAGGGCAACUACAUCGACAAGAAGCCCGAGCGCUGGGCCACCGAGCCCCGCGUCCCCCGCCUCGGCGAGGUGCGCGGCCGCAUCGUCCUCGUCCGCCGCUUCAACCUCGACGAGGAGCUCAAGCACGAGUGGGACGGCCGGGGCUUCGGCAUCGACGCCGCGGGCUGGCCCGACAACUGCGAGGACGGCCACAUCGGCGACGGCUUCAUCCGCGUGCAGGACUUCUACGAGGUGUCGGAGACGGAGAACGUCGAGAAGAAGAUCGAAUUCUCCCGGGGCCAGCUCGAGCGCGCCGCCGAGCAGCACUACCCGCUGGGCGACGAGGGCGCCGGCCUCCCCGCCAUCUUCGUCAACUUCCUGAGCGCCAGCAACUUCUUCAACGCGAGCUGCUGGCCCGAGCGCAUCGCCGCCAAGGUGAACCCGGCGAUCGUCGAGUACCUCUGCAUCAGGCACGGCGAGGAGGGCAAGGGUCCCAGGCAGCUGCCCGUCGGUGCUGCCGGCACGGGUGUGGUGGUGACCGACUGGGUUGGUGCCAACGGAGACUGGGACUUGAUUCGCUGCAUUGUCGGUAUGAACGCCAAGUUGCAGCACAGUCAAUGA